AUCAUAAACUAGUAUCAUAGAUGAUCUCAUUUAUUGACAUGCAUAACACAUAGUAGCAUAGCAUUUAACAUGUUACUAGCUAUGAUAGCCCGAAAAUUCACAUAUAAGGCCGAGCACCUCGGUGCUCUACGUCCCGUCCAUCCACACUCGCUAGGGAUCCGCGCGCCUCACCGUAUAAUGGGAGCUGUCCCCCAUAUCGAUAGCAGCACGCCGUGUAUUGCGCAAGUCAACAGGGGUGUACCAUCGACGGGGUAGUGGACCAGCAGGUCACGGCGCGUGAUGUUCCAAUAGAUGUCAGGGUUAGCUUCCAACGCAAGACUGUCGUCCAUCAAACGGGAGCUCGAUCACUGUAGAACCAUGUGGCAGCAUGCUCGGGUCAAAUCGGAAGUAUUUUUUUAUUGUUUCUUAGCCCAUUCAACUUGCACGUCAUUUACUCCCUCGCCGUCCAUCGUCGCCUCGUCUAUGCCAUCAGGUUUUUUUGCCAUUUUUUUUGUAAGAUGUCCCGGAUGAAGUGGCGGUCGUGGGAUAGCAUGUGGUGGACGGUUGCAGGAACUUUCACAUCGUUUAAACAGGGAACUGCCUCCGGGCGCAUCGUCUCCCUCCUCGCCUCGUCUCUCACUCCUCCCACUUCGUCUUCUCGCUCUCUCUCGUCGCCCCAUCUCCCCGUUGCUCUCAUCUCCCACACCCAAUGGAGGGCGCUCGCCGCGCUGCCGCCGUUGCGGAUGUUGAGAAGGAGAUGCCGAAGCAGGAGGACACGACCGCAACCGUUGUCGUCGCUGCGGAUCUUGAAAAGGAGUUGCCGAAGCAGGAGGGCACGACCGCAACCGUUGUCGCCGCUGCGGAUCUUGAGAAGGAGGUGCCGAAGCAGGAGGACACGACCUCGAGCGGUGUUGUCAAGGCUCACGACGAUGAGGAAAGGGAAGCUGCAGGCAUGAAGAGGAAGCUCGCCAAGACUGGGUUCAAGAGCCCGUAUGACUCUGACUACGACGACGGCGACCCGUACGAGUAUAACUCUGGAGAUGACGUCGAGGACGGCAACAAAGAGUCCUUCAUUGAGAAGGAAGCUCAGAAGAUCAGGAAGAAGGGAAAGGCGGCGUACUACAAGAGUGGAAUGUUCAGAUGUCCAUACUGCAUCACAAAGCCAAAGCCCAAGGAUGGGAUUUAUGAACACCUCAUGUCUCAUGCACGCGGUUUAGCAGCGAGUGUUGCAGACAUCAAGACCAGGGCAGAGCAUGCAACCCUCCUGAAGGCUCUAGGUCCCAUUUAGUCACCCUCCAUGAUCUAGAUGUUGCUGUGAACUAUUUUACUUUUGCGCCACCUGCAGGUUGUUUGUGAACUGUUGGAAUGUUAUGGCAGGUUGUUUGAGAACUGUUUGGAAUGUUCUACCUUUGAGGUGGAAUGUAUUAUGAGUUUAUGUGCUGCAACGAUCACGGUAGCUGCUUCUAUUUUUGCUUCA